AUGACGGACAAUAACAAUCUCAAGAUCGUGUUCGGCGCCAUGACCUUUGGCGAGCCGAACACACUCGGUGCCCGCGUCCACGACAAUAGCCUGGCUUCAUCUAUGCUCGACGUCUUCCAGCGCCACGGCCACAACGAAAUCGACACAGCCCGCAUCUACGGCAACGGUUCAUCCGAAGCGAUGCUCGCAGCAGCCGACUGGCAAAACCGCAGCCUCGUCAUGGCCACAAAGCUCUACCCCACGAUAGGCAAAGAGCAGAUGUUCAGCGAGAUCUACACCCACCGACCGGAAGACAUCCGUCGCGGGCUCCUCUCAAGUCUGGACGCCCUCCAAGCCUCCAAAAUCGACCUGUUCUACCUCCACGGCCCAGACCGCACCACACCCUUCGAAGAUACCCUCCGCGAAGUGAACGCGCUGCACAAGGAAGGCCGCUUCACCCGCUUCGGACUGAGCAACUACAUGGCAUGGGAGGUCGCCGCCAUCUGCGAGAUCUGCAAGAAGAACGGCUGGGUCAUGCCGAGCGUCUACCAGGGGGUGUAUCAUGUUCUGCAGCGGAGCAUCGAGGGCGAGCUGUUCCCGUGUUUGCGGAAAUACGGCAUCGCGCUGUAUGCCUUCCAGCCGCUAGCGGGGGGAUUCCUGACGGGGCGGUAUACGCGCGACCAGACGGAGUUUGAGGCUGGGUCGCGGUUUGACCCGAAGAUUGCGCAGGGGAGCGUGCACCGGACGCGGUACUGGAAUGGGGUGUAUUUUGAUGCGCUAGAGGCGAUACAUGCUGUGGCGGAGAAGCAUGGUCUGCGCGAUGGGGAGGUCGCGUUGCGGUGGUUGAAGCAUCAUUCGUUUCUGAGGGAGGAGCUGGGUGAUGCGAUCAUUGUUGGGGCUAGCAGUGUCAAGCACCUGGAGGCGAAUCUGGUGGAUCUGGAGCAGGGUCCGCUACCGGAUGAGAUUGUACAGGUCCUGGAGGAGGUUUGGCCGAGUGUAAAGGGGGUUGCGCCGAACUAUUGGCAUUAG